GUUAGAGAUCCGUUACUCCUCUACCUAAUCCAAAUCGGUUUCUCAAAACCCCUUGCCACGAUUUCCCUGUCACAAUCAAUUCGAUAAUUUUUUGCAACAAACAAUGGCGACUUUAACCACACCCCAACCCCCGACCUCACCGCGCACCGACGCCAUCGACCUCCGCAAAGCCUUCAAGGGCUUCGGCUGCGACACCGCCGCCGUCAUCAACAUCCUCGCCCACCGCGACGUCGCCCAACGCGCCCAAAUCGCGCGCGAGUACAGUACCAUGUACUCCGAGGACUUCACCAAGCGCCUCUCCUCCGAGCUUAGCGGAAAUACCAAGAAAGCCCUCCUCCUCUGGACCCCCGACCCCGCCACCCGCGACGCCACCAUCGUCCGUCACGCCCUCACCGGCUCCGACCACCGCGCCGCAACCGAGGUCAUCUGCUCCCGAACCCCCUCCCAGAUCGCCCUAUUCAAGCAAGUCUACUCCUCGAUUUUCAAUACCCAUCUGGAACGCGACAUCGGACUUUACACCUCCGGCGACCUCAAGAAUCUCCUGCUGGGUUUCGUCACCACGCAGAGGUACGAGGGCUUCGAAUUCGAUAGGGUAGCGGCGGAGAACGACGCGAAAUCCCUGUACAUGGCCGGAGAGAAAAGACUGGGGACUGAUGAGAAGAAAUUUAUCGAAGUUUUUAGUAAUCGAAGCCGGGCUCAUCUGAAUGCGGUGAGCUCGGCUUAUGAGAGCAUGUAUGGGAAUUCACUGAGAAAAGCGGUGAAGAAGGAGACUUCCGGGAACUUCGAGCAUGGCCUGGUGACGAUUCUGGAGUGUGCUGAUCAUCCAGGGAGGUACUUUGCUAGGGUACUGCACAAAGCGAUGAAGGGUUUGGGGACGGAUGAUAGUACAUUGUUGAGAGUGGUGGUGACGAGGGCGGAGAUUGAUAUGAUGUAUGUGAAGAUUGAGUACCAGAAGAAGUAUGGUAAGAGUUUGAAUGAGGCCGUAAAGUCUGAGACUUCUGGGAAUUUCAGGGCUUUUCUUCUGGCUCUUUUAGGUCAUUGAGUUUGUGAGUGUGGGUUUUUUCUUUCUUCUAAUGUGUAGGUCAGUGAGUUUGUGAAUGUGGGUUUUCUUUCUUCUAAUGUGUAGGUUUGUCUCCAGAGAUUGUUCAUCCGAAUAAGUGCUUGUAAUUACUGAUGCACUAGUUUAAUGCCAUUACUGAUUCACUACA